GAAGCAAUUGCAUCGAACAACAACGUUGAAAGAUUCAAUGCUUUACUUGCUGAAGGAUGUGUUUAUACCUUACAUGAAGUAAGAUUCGAUCCUAACUGGGAGGAGGCGUUGCAAUUUUGAAAUAUUGGACAUCGAUAUGAGUGUGUCUUGAACAAUCGCACUAGGGUUGAGCCGUAUACCAUGCCUAUUCAGUUUCCGCUCUACCCAAAGCACCUUAUGUCAUUCCCUGAAGUGUAUCGCCGUCCUAAUAAGACUUUUGUAGAUAUAGCUGGAGUAGUUGUGCAUUGGGCAGCAAUUGAGCACAUUGGUUGUAGCCUCUAUAGAGAGGUCACACUCAUGGACACAAGGUGCAACUUGAUUGUUGUUGGGGUUUGGUCCCACCAUUUGACCCGACAUGCGCGUAGCUGGUCAUUGGCUAAUGCUAACAAUGACAUAGUCUUGUUAACUAUGCUUCAAAAUAACAGGAGACACGGGUGCUUGGAGACUUCAGAGCAUACAACUUUUAAAUUCAACCUAAGUCAUUGCGCUACACGUGCACUGCAGAGCGUGCGCGGAUCGGUGAUCACAGGAUCUAUGGAUCUUCGUUUUGUUAACAGAUUUCUUGAGAAUAGAUGGGCGUACCUAGCAACCGUGGUUUGAGUGUGAUGGCUACAAGUACUAAUAGUUCUUAGAAGACUACUAUAGCUAGACAUUAUUCACACAUGUUAAUGUGUCUAUCGGUUAUCAAGUUUUUAGUUUUAUUGUGAUUUUUGUGUUGUUUAAGUAAUUAUACCAAUGGAUACUGGCAGCUACCUUUCUCAUUAUGGUGUUUUUAUGUCUGUAAUAUAUCCUACUACUUUUCUCAUUAUGGUGUUUUUAUGUCUAUAAUAUAUCCUAUAGUUUGUAA